AUGUCAUUCACAACUCCGCAAUGGAGAUCUUCGGCAAUUGAGGCCAAGAGAGCAGCCCUCAAUAGCCACAAGAGGGAGCCUUCUGAGAAGUCACUCGCUGCACUCAGGAAGGCCAGGAACGAUGCCCAACAGAUCGCUUGGCUCAACCUCUGUGAGAGUAUCCAGCUCUCUGUUGACUUCGGCAACAUUCGUGGCAUGUACGAAGGCAUGAAGAUCGCGCCACAGAAAUCAGCUGCCGGCGACAUCAUAACAGACUGCAGCAAUCAGAUGGAGAGGUGGGCUGAAAACUACCAGGAGCUCUACUCAAGAGAGAACGUGGUCACUGCCAGCUUGCCUGUCAUAGAGGAGCUAGAUGUUCCACCCUCAGUAGUUGAACUGAGCAAGGCCAUCGACUCCCUAGCCUGCAGCAAAGCUCCAGGAAAAGAUGGCAUCUCACCUGAAGUCAUCAAGGUGGGAAAGAAGGCUGCUCUCCUCCACCAUCUGCACCAGCUGCUGCAGCAGUGCUGGGAAGAAGGAACAGUGCCACAAGAAAUGCGCGACGCCAACAUCGUCACUCUUUACAAGAACAAGGGUAACCACAGCGACUGUAACAACCAUUGA